CAGAAAGCUUCACCACAACAACAACCGUCUGUAGGUAGCUAGGCUACAUCCUGCGGCGCCUCGCCUCGCCUCGCCUAUUUCCUCCAUUACACUGAAGAACAUCUAAAUCAGACAUUUCUUCCUUCUUCAGGUGUCGUGUAUGUGAGCGGUAAGUUCAAAAUGUCGGUAUUUAUCCACAGUUAGCCACACACACGCACAGCUGGACCAGCCGUUUACACAGCUUAGUGACUGAGCGGCAAAGGCGCUGUCAGCACACCGGCCAAGUCCCAAACGCCUCCUUACUCCCUACGCUAGUGCGCUACAUUAAGCAGGUUUGGUUGGUCAUCUGAACGUGUUCGUCCACCAUGCUACUUGACCUGCCAUGAGGUGACAUGGAUAAGCUGAAGAGUUUGGAUGAGGAGGAAAGCUCUCAGGAGCGAGGAGUGCUGCACAAAUGGAGAGGUUACUCCUACAGCGUCACUCCAGAAAAAGUGCUCCUCUCCCGGCCCGUGCUCCAGGCAGCCCUCGGGGCUAAACACGGAGUUCUGCUGUUGGAGGGUGGGCAGGUGUACAGUUUUGGAGAGUUACCAUGGAAACAGAACCCAUCUUGUAUGAAAACGACAGACCCCAUUCUGGAGGCGGGGCUCAGUGAGAAGCACGUGGUUUCCGUUGCAGUGGGGACUUUCCAUAAUGGGGCAGUGACAGAAGAUGGCGCUGUGCACAUGUGGGGGGACAAUGGUUACGGCCAGUGCGGUCUGUCAGGACUCUCGGUUGUUCCCAAUCCCACGCCAGUGGGCGUGGUGGCCAGUGAGACCACGCCCCCUCGGCCGGUAAGGAUUGUGGAGUUGGCGUGCGGUGAACAGCAUACGUUGGCACUUUCGGUCGGACACGAGGUGUGGUCAUGGGGCAGCGGCUGCCAAUUGGGGUUGCACGCCUCGUCUUUUCCUGUCUGGAAGCCGCAGAAGGUGGAGCACCUAGCCGGGAGGCACGUCCUGCAGGUGGCGUGCGGUGCUUCGCACAGCCUUGCACUGGUGCGCUGCCCACCUCCUCUUCCUCCUCAAGAACCACGAAGACCUUCUGAGGACAAAUGCGGGCAGUGCAAUCAGUCAGUUUACACCAUGACUGACAAGGAGGAUCACGUCAUCAUCUCAGACAACCACUACUGCCCCCUGGGCAUGGAACUUGAAGAAGACAACAACAGAUCUGCCUCGGAGCACAGCCUAGUUCAUGGGACUCCGAGUUCAAGGGGCAAGAUGAAAAGUUCCCCGUCUGAACCGGUUUUAACGACGUACACCCAUAGCCCCAAGUCCGCCACUCCUUCCAUGUCUAGCCCUGUUCAAGCACCUAGUCCUGUUCCUGGCCCUCAGGAUCAGGUUCAAAGUGCAGGAGAAGUGCUUGUUCAGUCAGACUCGAAAGACCUGAAGGAAUCUCAAGAUCUGUUGACUAAUGGUGAGGUGUUUGAAGCAGCCACAGAGCCAAGCACCCAUGAGACGGCGAACUCGACGACUGUCCAAGGGUUGACCGGGACAGGCACCAAAUCCUCUCAAUACCCGGACGAGCAAGCACUUAAAGAUUACCUGAAGAGGCUUUCGGAUCAGACGCUGGCUGAGCAGACGGCGAAGAGCCUAAAUACAGCUCCGUGUGCGCAGCCGGUCACUGAGCCCACUGUUGUUUUCACCUUGGAACCUUCGACCCCCGUGGCACAGUCGGUCACACCAAUGGGCUCUGCGCUGAACAACCUGGUUGUCUCGUAUGCGUCGGCUGUAGGGGAGAGAGUCGCAUCCACGUACGAGGCACUCUCUCUGAGGAAGGUGAUCAGCUACUGGGGUCCAGGUGAGGAGAGGGUGCGUCAGGAAGAGCACAAACAAGGAAAGAAAAGCUCGAGUCUGGGGGACAUCCGCGAGGAGGAGGCGGAGGGGUUGAGUCGCCGCCUCUCGCUCCCCGGCUUACUCUCACAGGUGUCCCCACGUCUCUUACGGAGGGCGAGUCGCCCACGUGACCGCGCCAUUGCGCUCACCCCGGCUGGCGUGGCUGAAUCAGACACCCGCUUGCCCUCUCUGCAGACAGAGGUGUGGAGCUGGGGGCGGGGUCAAGAGGGGCAGCUCGGACACGGAGACGUCCUGCCCAGACUGCAGCCGUUUUGUAUUAAAGGUCUGAGUGGUAAAGAGGUAGUGAGAGUGGCUGCAGGUGCGCUCCACUCACUCGCCCUGACUGCCCAGUCACAGGUGUACUCCUGGGGCAGUAACAGCUUUGGUCAACUGGGGCACAUGGAAUCCCCCAGUACAGUCCCUCAUCUAGCCAAGCUGUCGGAAGGGAUUCGUACGUGGGAUGUGGCGGCAGGACAGCAUCACACGCUCCUAUUGGCUGACGGAGACUGCCUUCAGCCAAUCCUCUACUACAGUGGUCGGCAGGUUAAGGAGGGAUCCGGCGAGACGGUGCAGGAAGAGAGCGGAGAUUACACGCAGCAACCCGUACUACUGCCCUUCUGCAUGAACCUGGGCUAUGUGAGCAGUGUGAGUGCGGGUGGACAGGUGUGUGCAGCGACGGCCGACUGGAACAUGAUGGGUUUAAUCGCCAGCCUGCACGAGCUGGCAGCAGCCGAGAGAAAGCACUACUGCAAACUGACCAACAUCAGGAACCGGCUUCUGCAGCCACUGCUUAAGCUGGAUUCUUUAAGCUCUGCACUGGGACCCUCCUGCACCGGACUUUUCCAGAAUCUGAUUGGUCGAUUCAGCUGCUUGUCUCAGUUGACGGGUCAGAACUCUGUAGCCUUGACCUCCUUCCUGCGGCGCUCACGUGAUCUCAGAAGCCUGGUUCUCCUUGACAACACACAGAUGUUCUUGGACACACAUUCUGAGUUUUGUGCUGCAGUGGGAAACAUGCUGGUCAUGGGUGGCUUUCAGGCUCUUGUUAAGCCUUGCCAGGAUGUUUUCGGGAAGGGUGCAGAGACGGUCCAGAAACUAUCCGAGUGCUCAGAAGACGGUGCGAUGCUGGCCGACGUUCUGGUUCAUCUGUUUUACCUUCCCAUCCGCCAUCUCCACGAGUACAGCCACCUGCUGCUCAAACUAACAUCGUGCUCUGAUGUGGUAUGUCGCUGUACGGACUAUCAGAAGCUGCAGGAGGCCUGCUCCAAGUACGAGGCUCUGGCUCUUCAUCUUAAGAGGAAGCGGAAGGAGGCGGAGUACACGCUGCACUUCUGGAGGAGCUUUCCUGGAAAGAUGACGGAUUCUCUGCGGAAACCGUCUCGUCGCUUGGUGUGUGAGAGCAGCAACAAAGCCCUGACCCUGCAGAAUGCUGGACGCUUCUCCGUCAACUGGUUCAUCCUGUUCAAUGAUGCUCUCGUUCAUGCUCAGUUCUCUACUCAUCAUGUCUUCCCGUUGGCCACGCUGUGGGUGGAGCCAAUGUCUGACGAGAACGCUGGCCUGUACGGGUUGAAGUUGACCUCACCUGAAGAAAGCUUCACGCUGCUGGCUUCCUCGCCAUCCGAAAAGGCGAAGUGGUUGCGUGCUAUAAAUCAGGCAGUGGAGCAGGCACUGAGUGGGCCGGGGUUACACACAGCCCCGCCUAUCUCUGGGACAGGAUUAAGAGCGGACCCGCCCAUUUCCCGAACUGCCUCCUACACCUUCUAUAAGGACAGCAGGUUGAAGGACGCGAUGUACGAGGGCCGCUGGGUGGCAGGCAAACCGCACGGGAGGGGCGUGUUAAAAUGGCCAGAUGGAAGGAUGUACACCGGGACGUUUAAGAACGGACUCGAGGAUGGAUUUGGUGACUAUAUCGUUCCUAACAAGAAUCUUAACAAGAGUGAUCAUUACCAGGGCCACUGGAAGGAUGGCAAGAUGCAUGGAUUUGGGACCUUCAGGUACGCCACAGGAGAAGUGUACGAGGGUUCGUUUCAAGAUAACAUGCGUCACGGCCAUGGCAUGCUGAGGAGCGGCAAACUCAACUCCACCUCCCCCAGCGUCUUCAUCGGCCAGUGGCUGAACGACAAGAAAACUGGCUACGGCGUGUUUGAUGACAUCACAAGAGGAGAGAAGUACAUGGGUGUAUGGCAGGAUGAUCAGAAGCAGGGGAACGGCGUUAUCGUCACACAGUUUGGUCUCUACUAUGAAGGAGCUUUCAGCAACAAUAAAAUGAUGGGGACAGGCGUUUUACUUUCAGAAGACGACACCACCUUUGAGGGGGAUUUCUCAGAAGACUGGACACUUAAUGGAAAGGGCACUCUGACGAUGCCCAACGGCGACUACAUCGAGGGUUCCAUCAGCGGGGUGUGGGGAACCGGCCUGAAGAUAUCAGGGUCCUACUCCAAACCCAACCUGUAUGACUCGGACAAGGAUAAGACCCGUGCGCUUAAACUGGGUCGUUUCUCUGUGCACCCUGAGGAGAAGUGGAAGGCAGUAUUUGGGGAGUGCUGGAGCCAGUUGGGAUGCGACACACCAGGACAGGGAGAGACCAGGGUGGCCUGGGACAAUGUCGCUAUAGCACUGACCACUAACAGGAGACAGCACAGGGACAGUCCUGAGCUGCUGACCCGUUCCCAUAACAAAACUCUGGAGAGCCUGGAGUUCAUCCCUCAGCAUGACGGGCCUGUUACCCUGGGGAAGUACGACACCAUUCGCCGCUACCUCAUCAAGGCAUGUGACACGCCGCUGCACCCACUGGGCCGGUUGGUGGAGACGUUGGUAGCCGUGUACCGGAUGACGUACGUGGGCGUCGGCGCAAACCGCAGGCUGCUGCAGCAGGCCGUCAACGAGAUCAAAUCCUACCUCAGCCGGAUCUUUCAGAUUGUCAGGUUUCUGUUUCCUGAUCUUCCAGACGAAGGCGGGUUGCUGGUUGAGGCUCCAAACGAAAAGAAGGAAUCGAAGUCGACUAGCAGUGAGCUCGAGUCUCCAAAACCAGGGCGUGUGGUCAGCAGCUCAGCCCUGCUCCUGCCCGUCUUGUUGCCGCGUCUCUACCCGCCUCUCUUCACGCUGUAUGCUCUGGACAAGGAGAAAGAAGACGACGUGUACUGGGACUGUGUGUUGCGUCUUAACAAGCAGCCCGACCUCGCUCUUCUCGCUUUUCUCGGUGUACAACAGAAAUUCUGGCCUGUAAGCAUCACAGCACACGGGGAAAAGCAAAAGGUCCAACCCAGCACUAAAGAUGCCUGUUUUGCUUCAGCUGUGGAGACCCUGCAGCAAAUCAGCACGACGUUCACUCCUUCGGACAAGCUGCAGGUCAUCCAGCUGACCUUCGAGGAGAUAACCCACGAGGUGCUUGCCUUACUCAAACAGGACUUCCUGUGGUCCAUGGAUGAUCUGUUUCCCGUUUUUCUCUACGUGGUGCUGCGUGCUCGAAUAAGGAACCUGGGGUCAGAGGUCAGUCUGAUAGAGGACCUCAUGGACCCGUGUGUGCAGCACGGAGAGCACGGCAUCAUGUUCACCACAUUAAAGGCGUGUUAUUAUCAGAUUCAGCAUGAGAAGAUCACAUAAGGAGCACGUCGAUGAGCCGGGUGACCGACAGACGGAUCGGCUGCAUACCGUCAUGACGGACAUGACGUGAUGAGCUGAGCCAGGAUCACGAUGCAGCUGCCUGACCGGGGAAAGCUCUUCAUCGUUCCUGUGUCCUUUUUUUUUUUUCUUGGGUAGUAAUGUAAUUUAGACCUUAACCUUCAAUUGUACUCCACUAUCUCGGUAUGGAUUUUCUCUUUAAAGCGGUGAUCCUUCUAGGUCCCCCCCCAUAUGAAUGUGACACAGGCUGAAGUCAUUUCUGUGAGGAAAAUUCUGGACACAUACAGGACACGUGAUACUGCUGGAGGGUGCCAUUUUUUUUUCUCUCUCUCUUUCUUUACACAUAUAUUCCUCAGCGUAAAACCAGAGAUUAACAAAUCCUGUGUUAAAUAGCACUGACGGUUGAUGUUUGCAUAUUUACGUACAUGAAGGAGCGAUCGGAUGACGUUGGUGGUCACAUGCUGCUCCAACAGCCAAUCAGAUGCAUGGAAUUUUGACCUGCUGGAUUCCGUCGAAGACGUUUUAUCAUAUGCACAGUUUUGGUUGUUUUGUUUUUUCCCCUUCUUGUUGAGCACUAUUUAAACGGUACAGUUGAGACUUGAAGUGUUUCCACUUUGUUUUAUUUUUGCAGUUUUCAUGCGACGGUCCUAUUAUUUGUAUUUUUUUAGACACCAUGUUGACUAGAAACCUAGUACUAAACGUUUAAUUAUUUCACAGCAGCACACUUCUUCUAUUUAUCUGUUAAUAUAUAUAUAUUUUGUGGGUCCUUAUGUGACAGUCGUAUGUGUGUGUGUGUGUGUGUGUGUGUGUGUGUUGCAUACAGCAAUACCUUUUACAGUAUUCUGAACUGGCCGUGAUAUCAACGCGAUCGUUUUUAAUAGCUGAGGUUUUAUUUAUUUAAGAUCAAGACGUCCAGUUGCAAUGAUAAAUCUGUACAAUACCUGUGGAUAAUCUCAUACCGUGUAUUGACCCUCGUCUUACUGAAGUAACGAAAUGACCGAUGGUGCAGACGGAGAAGUGAAUCCCGUAUAGCGUUGAAGCAAAGUUUGCUUUGCAGCGAGAUGAUGUUCCAGUCAAACAGGCCGAAAGAGACCGACCGACUGACUGAUUAUUUCUUCCAGAUUAUGACGGAAUUGAACUUUCUUCAGUUCUACGUUGUACUUCCAGCUCACUUUUUUUGUGCUUGACUGUGUAAAUGUUGUCUUUCCAAGACAUUGUGAUGGUUUGUCCAGUUGGUGCUUUCUGUCCACAACUGUCUUUGUACCUACAGAGGGCAAUAAAGUGGCUGAUGGAAUAUU